CAUCAUCAUCGGAAGCCAUGGAAAUGGGAAGAAACAAGCCUGGUUGCCAUCAAUGCUGGCAACGGUUCACGGCGAAGGCGAAAUCAAGGUCCAAAGGCACUGAUGUUGAAUGCCUUUCAUGCAGAAACAACUACUUCCCGAUUCCAGACGAUGAACAACCGAGCCAGUGCCACGGUGGGCUUCGCAGCCGGAUGCGAAUCUUUUGUAGAGACAAAAUCAGAGGAAGGACGAAUCAAAGUACGUUAACGCCUUCCCUGAAUCUCUCGCACCAACCGUCUUACUCGACCGUAAGGUCGAGCAAGCGUGCAGUGCUGUGCGGAAUCACGUACAAUAACUGGAAGCAGUAUAGGCUUAAAGGAACCACUAACGACGUUAAGAACAUGAGAGAGUUGUUGCUCACUAAGUUUGGCUACCCUGGAGACUGCAUUCGAGUUCUAACCGAAGAGGAGACGAUCCCACUAUUUAUACCGACGAGGAAGAACAUCGAGGAUUCGUUGCGAUGGCUGGUGAAGGACUGCCAACAGGGAGACUCGUUGGUGUUUUUCUACUCCGGACAUGGGUUACGGGUGCCCGAUUUUAACAACGACGAGGCCGAUGGAUUCGACGAAACCAUAUGCCCCCUUGAUUUCAAAGAAGCGGGCAUGAUCAAGGACAAUGAUCUUAAUUCCUUCAUGGUUCGUCCACUCACUCGUGGCGUUACUCUUCAUGCCAUCGUUGAUGCUUGUCAUAGCGGAACCAUUCUAGAUCUCCCCAAACUUUACAACAGUACAGUGAGAAAAUGGGAAGACAACGGUUCUCCCUCGGGUGUGUAUAAAGGCACAAAUGGUGGAUUAGCCAUUUCCAUCAGUGCUUGUCUAGAUAAUCAAGCCGCUGCUGAUACCUCUGCCUUCACGGCUGGGAAGAUGAACGGUGCCCUGACCUACGUAUUGGCCGAGAUCCUGAAGAAAUUGCCCGGUCCGACAUACGGCGACUUGUUCGAUCUCAUUCGAGAAACCAUUGACAACGUCAAUCAAUCCGGAUGCCUUGCUAAUACAAGAAUCUUGAGGAGACUCUUCGAUUCCAGUUUCACACAGACAGCCGUUCUCUCGUCUUCAGCUGAGUUUGACGUUUACAGGAAGCAUGUCUUUUUGUAAGCAAAUUUUGCUGCAACAUUAUAUAUUGCCGCCUGGGUCAGAGCUGCAACAUGUUUGUUCAACGGAGAAUGGAUCAUCAUCAUUUGGUGAUUUCUGGUAAAUAAUCCGUCAU